AUGUCUUCAACAGGUGCUCGUGCUGUUGGUACAGAUGGAACAGAUUUUAAACAUCGUCAACGGGUUGCAGCUUCAAUUAAAUUAAGUGUUCAAUACAAAUUUUAUUUGAAAUUGCUUUUUGCUCUUCACUUUUUAAUUCUUCUACCAUUAUGGGCAAAAGUUGGUGGUGAAUUAGUUUUUGAUCAAUUUAAAUUAAUGAAACAGCCAAAACUUUGGAGAAGAUUGGAUCUUCCAAAUGCAUAUCCUUGGGAAUAUAUUUGGUGCUUAUCUUUUAUUCCAAUUAUUUUGGCAAUUCCUUCAUUUCAGAAAAAUAGGCUUCUUUUGCUCAAACUUAGUUAUUAUUCCCAAUUUUUGUUUGGAAUAACACCUUGCGCAAUAGGCUUGGGCAGCCAAUUUCCUGAAUUAAUAGACUAUAUUCGUUUUGGAGAGCAAAGUAAAGUGCCAACAUUUAGUGGAAGUUUUCCAAUGGUUAUUCUUUGGUAUUUAUUUUUUCUUGCAGUUUUUCAGAUUCAAGGAUUUUCAAUGUAUUUCACUUUUAAUUUGUUAAAUGCUUGGAGAAGGGAUCCAGUAAUUUUAAAACAAUCGGCAGACAAAACACAAAAUAUUGACAAAAAAGAUGAAUAG